UCCAGGGCGAAGGAAGCGCCGGGCGGACGCGACGCGGAGCGGCGGCUGAGAAAUGCAAAGCUGUAAACAGAAUGGAUCUAACAUCAAGAGCCGAAUCAGUUGUUGUCUGUGUGGAGGGGAUGACAUGCAGUUCUUGUAUACAGAGCAUAGAAAAUCAGGUUGGAAAACUGAGUGGUGUUCACAGUGUUAAGGUUUCACUGGGCGAUAAGAAUGCAGCCAUUAUUUAUGAUCCUAAACUGCAAACUCCAGAGUCACUAAAGGAAGUCAUAGAUGACAUGGGAUUUGUUGCUGCUCCUGCAGAUGUGAGUCCACAGACCAUUUUGCCAGACACUGUUUUUCUUACACUUCCAUCUAAGUCAACUCUAACAUGUGAACAGAUCUGUACCAACCUGUUGAAGACCAAAGGCAUCUUGGAUGUGAAAAUCUCUUCUGACAAAAAAUCUCUAGUUGUAACUUUUGUGUCUUCAAUUAUAAACAGUAAGCAGGUCAGCCAAAUGAUACCAGAAAUAAUUUCAGCGAAUACAGCACAUGGGAGUAAUCGAGAAAUGAAUGAAGAUUUGAGCUUACCUCAAACCGGCGAUGUUGUGCUCAGGAUGAAAGUGGAGGGGAUGACGUGCCAUUCCUGCACUAGUACCAUCGAAGGAAAGAUCGGCAAACUGCAAGGGGUCAUCCGAAUUAAAGUUUCCCUGGAUGCUCAGGAAGCUGUGGUGGUAUUUCAGCCUCACCUCAUCACAUCGGAGGAAAUAAAAAACCAAAUCGAAGCUGCAGGUUUCCAGGCAUCUAUAAAAAAACAGCCUAGGCCCCUCAGACUGGAUGCUAUUAAUGUUGAGCAUCUAAAGAACACACCUACCAAACUCUCGGAAAGAGUGCUGCCCGAAGUUCCAGAGCACGUGCACUGCUUAAAGACCAUUACAUUCAGGGUUGACGGCAUGCGCUGUAAUUCCUGUGUCCUCAAUAUUCAGAGUACCAUAUCAGCCCUCCCCUCAGUAACUAGCAUAGCAGUUUCUUUAGAGGACAAAUCUGCUGCUGUAAAAUAUAAUCCCAGCCUAAUCAGCAUCAGUGCGCUAAGACGAGCCAUAGAAUCAGUAUCACCAGAGACUUUCAAGGUCAGCCUUCUUGAUGUACCUGAAAAUUCUGAACUCUUGGACUCAUCCCGGCUUCCAGUAAAGUCUCCUUUGAGAGACCUCAGUAGCGCUGUGCACCCUCUGACAGCUGUUUCUGUGAUAAAUAUAGAGGGAAUGACCUGCAAUUCUUGUGUCCAGUCUGUUGAGGGCAUGAUUUCCCAAAAGCCAGGUGUUAAAUCAGUAUGUGUGUCCCUUCUGCAUCAUAAUGGGACUAUAGAAUACGAUCCCAUGCUGACCUCACCGGAUGAUUUAAAAAACUCAAUUGAGGAUAUGGGUUUUGAUGCAUCUUUAACAGUGCCAGUGAGCGCCGAAGCCCUUGCCCAGCAAGCCCAGCUCCCACGGGAAACGCUGGCAGAAUCUCAGGAUAACAAGUUGUCCGGCCUGGAACUUCGCUCCAAGGGAUCCCCAGCCUACAAUAAACAGGAAUCAAAGGAGCCAUCCAAGUGUUUCAUUCAAGUCACAGGCAUGACAUGUGCUUCGUGUGUGGCGAACAUUGAAAGGAAUCUGAAGAGAGAAAAUGGAAUACAUUCUGUACUUGUUGCAUUGAUGGCUGGCAAAGCAGAAGUGAGGUAUGAUCCUUCUAUCAUCCAGCCAUCAGUUGUAGCAGAGUUGAUUCGAGAGCUGGGAUUUGGAGCUACAGUUUUGGAGAACUAUGAUGAAGGAGAUGGCAUCCUGGAACUUGUUGUAAGAGGAAUGACAUGUGCCUCAUGUGUUCAUAAAAUAGAAUCCACACUUAUGAAAAUGAAAGGGAUUCUGUACGUCUCAGUGGCUCUUGCAACCAACAAAGCCCAUAUUAAGUAUGAUCCUGAGAUUGUUGGCCCUCGGGAUAUUUUACAGAUGAUCGAGAGUUUAGGAUUUAAAGCUUCCCUCGUGAAGAAGGAUAGAUCUGCUAGUCACUUAGAUCACAAACAAGAAAUAAGGCAAUGGAAGCGAUCUUUUGUCAUCAGCCUGAUUUUCUGCAUCCCUGUAAUGGGGCUAAUGAUUUACAUGAUGGUUAUGGACCAUCACUUGUCAGCUAUGGAUAAGCAAACAAAUGCAACUCAAGAGGAAAUGGAAGUGCAUCAUUCGUCUAUGUUCCUGGAGCGCCAGAUCUGUCCUGGAUUAUCAGUGAUGAAUUUGCUUUCCUUUCUACUGUGUGUCCCUGUACAGUUGUUUGGAGGCUGGCAUUUCUACAUCCAAGCAUACAGAGCCCUGAAGCAUAGGACUGCCAAUAUGGAUGUCCUGAUUGUUUUGGCAACCACCAUUGCCUUUGUCUACUCUUUGGUGGUUCUUCUGGUUGCCAUGGUUGAGAAGGCAAGGGUCAAUCCAGUGACCUUCUUUGAUACACCGCCAAUGCUUUUCGUGUUCAUUGCACUGGGGCGGUGGCUGGAGCAUGUAGCAAAGGGAAAAACAUCAGAAGCCCUUGCAAAAUUAAUUUCUCUACAAGCAACAGAAGCGACUAUUGUUACUUUAGGCCCAGACAACAACCUUGUGAGUGAAGAGCAAGUUGAUGUUGAACUGGUUCAGCGUGGAGACAUUGUCAGAGUGGUCCCAGGAGGCAAAUUUCCAGUCGAUGGUCGUGUUAUUGAGGGACAGUCUAGGGUGGAUGAAUCACUCAUCACAGGUGAAGCAAUGCCUGCGAAUAAGAAGCCUGGCAGUGCCGUCAUUGCCGGUUCCAUUAACCAGAACGGGUCCCUGCUGAUCUCUGCAACCCAUGUCGGAGCUGACACGACCCUCUCCCAGAUUGUUAAACUUGUGGAAGAAGCACAGACCUCAAAGGCCCCGAUUCAGCAGUUUGCAGACAAACUUAGUGGCUACUUCGUUCCUUUUAUUGUUGGUGUUUCUGUGGUCACACUUUUUGCCUGGAUAGUGAUUGGAUUUGUCAAUUUUGAUAUUGUGGAAACCUAUUUUCUUGGAUACAAUAAGAGCAUUUCCAAGACAGAAGUGAUAAUCCGCUUUGCUUUCCAAGCCUCCAUUACAGUGCUGUGCAUUGCCUGUCCUUGUUCAUUGGGAUUAGCAACCCCAACAGCUGUGAUGGUGGGCACUGGUGUUGGAGCACAAAAUGGCAUCUUGAUCAAAGGUGGAGAGCCAUUGGAGAUGGCACACAAGGUUAAAGUCGUGGUCUUUGAUAAGACAGGGACUAUCACCCACGGAGCUCCAGUGGUUAUGCAGGUCAAGAUACUUGUGGAGAGUAACCGGAUGCCUCGCACUAAGAUUUUGGCAUUGAUAGGGACCGCAGAGAGCAACAGCGAGCACCCACUGGCAACAGCUGUAACAAAAUACUGCAAGCAGGCAUUGGACACAGAUGUUCUUGGCACUUGUACUGAUUUUCAGGUAGUCCCAGGCUGUGGCAUUAGUUGUAAAGUUUCAAAUAUUGAUGCCUUGCUACACAGAAGUGAGCGCAUUGAAGAAAACAAUGUCAGAAAUGCAGCCCUUGUGAAAAUUGAUGAGAAGGUGGAUGAAUCAAUGCAGCCUGCCUUGAUUAUUGAUGAAGAGUUACCAGUGACAUGGAAUGCUCACAAGUAUUCUGUUCUCAUUGGCAAUCGCGAAUGGAUGGCUAGGAAUGGUCUUCUUCUAAAAAACGAAGUUGAUAAUGCCAUGACUGAGCAUGAACGCAGAGGCCGUACUGCUGUUCUGGUGGCUGUGGAUGGGGAGCUAUGUGGCUUGGUAGCGAUUGCUGAUACUGUGAAACGAGAAGCAGCACUCGCCGUCCGCACCUUGAAGACGAUGGGCUUGGAAGUUGUUCUGAUGACUGGUGACAAUAGCAGAACAGCUCGAUCUAUUGCUUCCCAGGUUGGAAUCACGAAGGUGUUUGCAGAAGUGCUUCCUUCCCACAAAGUUGCCAAAGUGAAACAGCUGCAGGAGGAAGGGAAGCGAGUAGCGAUGGUGGGAGAUGGCAUCAACGACUCCCCUGCUCUUGCCAUGGCUAAUGUUGGGAUCGCCAUUGGCACAGGCACCGAUGUGGCCAUUGAGGCAGCCGAUGUGGUUCUGAUUAGGAAUGAUUUGCUGGACGUAGUGGCAAGUAUAGAGUUAUCAAGGAAGACUGUUAAGAGAAUACGGAUCAACUUCGUCUUUGCUCUCAUUUACAAUCUCAUUGGAGUUCCUGUAGCUGCUGGCGUCUUUCUCCCCAUUGGUUUGGUUCUGCAGCCUUGGAUGGGCUCUGCUGCCAUGGCGGCCUCUUCCGUUUCUGUCGUGGUGUCCUCUCUUCUGCUGAAAUUCUACAAGAAACCUACAUUUGAGAAAUAUGAAUUCCGUGCCCGCAACCAAAUGGGACUGAAGAGCCUUUCGGAAAUCAGUGUCCACAUUGGAAUUGAUGAAACUGUGCCAGGGUCGCCCAAACUGAGUCUGAUGGAUCGUGUUGUCAAUUACAGCCGAGCAUCAAUAAACUCUCUCCUCUCGGACAAGCGAUCGCUCAGCAGCAUCGUCCUUAGUGAGCCAGACAAGCACUCACUUCUCAUUGGGGACUCCCAGGAAGAUGACACAACUGUCUGAAAAUACAUUCUGGACAGAGUGAGCUGGAUAUCUCUUCAUGCACUUAUCUGUUGAGAAGGUUGGCCUGGCUAUGCUUUUAAGUGCUUUGGGGAUUUAAUUGCCCAGUUGGAACAGGGCAUUUUUUCCCAACACGCAUAUCACACACCCAUACGCCACACCCCCCCACACACAUAUCUAACUCAGAAUAAGAACUGUAUCUGCACUGCUUUGCCAGUAUUAUUACGCAGAGCAGAACAAGAAUGCAGCAGCGUGCACUGAAAGCCAAAGCCAGGCACUUAAUCCUGACCUGCUGUUCACAUUGUUGUCUGGUAAAGAUACUCCGGGUCUGAGGCCACGGUUCGAUAUUGUGGCAGCAAAGUCGCCUGUAUGUGGCUCUUGGCGUUCGUUGCCUGGUGUUUGGAGUGUGUCAGUGACAAAGAGCCGAAUCACUGGACACUUUUUUUGUGUGUAAACAGAUGUGCCUUAUUGCGUAAUAUUCAGGAUUUCUUACCUGAUGAAAGGGAGUCGGAGCAAAGGUUUCUCCUUGACUUGGAUGGAAAAGAGAAUAUUCUUGUUUCUCUCCCCUCUUGCACUCCUCCUGAGGGCACUCCAAGCGUAGGCAGUGUGUCUGGGUGAUCUUAUUGUGGCUCAGCCUCUGCCGUAUUGAGAAGCAAACUUUUCCUUUCAUGUGACUUGAGGGGAAAUUGGAUCAAAACAGUAGAACAAGGUGUGCGUUUGCAACUUGUGAGCAGGCGUUACCUGAGACUGCCACACUCUUCAGAUGUUGUGAGGAGAGGCCUAAUCCUGCUCCUUCAGAUUGCUUCCCUUCUCCCAUCUUGAGUGCACUCCAAAAAAGCUGGACUGAGGUUUCCUGUAUUCAUUUCUGUCCGAACAGUGGAGCGGGGGGGGGGGGGGCAAUGUCGCUUUGUUCGCUGCAGCUCCCAAAUCCAUGUGGCUCUUUGUCUGCACACGGUAACCCCGGGAAGACUCUUUGGAGGGGUGGAGGUCAAAGGGACUGUGGGUGGGAGGAAUGUGGGGACAAUCUGGGUCUCUUCCCUUGGCACUUUGCAGGAUAAAAGCCAAGAUAAUCUGCUUGGAACUGAAGGGGCAGAUACAACCAGCGAGGAGAGAGGGAGGGCGUGCCUGGGAAACACCCAGUAAUGGUAAUGUCAGCACUACUAAGAUGAUGCUACUCCGGAGCACAGAAUCUGGACCAUUCUAUAAAGUAUUUAAACUCCAACUCACGUUUUCUGGCUGGAUUAUGGACUUUAUAAAAAAUCUGACCCAGUUCCAGUUGACACUUGGAACUCCCACAAUUCCCACCACAAAUUUUCAAUUAGCAGAGGCUGCAUUUCAAUCCUACGCUAGGAAAGCUGCCUAAUUGACAGCUAAAUGACGACUGAAGUAGCUUGGGAGGGGCUGUGGCUCAGUGGAAGAGCCUCUGCUUUGCAUGAUGCUGCGGCGGGGGAUCGAACCGGGGACCUUGUGAACCUGCUGUUAAAAGGACCAGGUCGCAGGUGAUGUGAAAAGCCUCAGUCUGAGACCCCGGAGAGCUGCAUUCAGUCCGAGUAGACAAUACUGGCCUUGAUUGUCUGAU